UUCGAUUAUAUCUGCGAUUAUCUGUAAUUUGUAUCGCUUCCUUGCCAUAUCUAGCUUUUCAAAAUAUUACUUGUCAUCUUGUACGAAUCUAUUCUGAAAAUUAUGUUUCGAAACCAGUAUGAUAGUGAUGUUACAGUAUGGAGUCCACAAGGACGACUGCACCAAGUCGAGUACGCAAUGGAAGCGGUUAAACUUGGAACUGCAACUGUUGGUUUAAAAAGUCGUGAUGCUGCUGUUCUGGUUGCCCUUUGCAAACCAUCUUCGGAGCUGUCAGCUUCUCAACGUAAGGUUAUUCAAAUUGAUGAACACUUGGGAAUAUCCAUUGCUGGCAUAACUGCUGAUGCUCGUGUGAUUAGCAGGUACCUGCGAUCUGAGUGCUUAAGUUACAAGCAUUCUUACGGCUCAGCUUAUCCGGUAUCCCGAUUGAUAACAAAUCUUGGUAACAAGAUGCAAACGACCACACAACGGUACGAUCGACGUCCGUACGGAGUGGGCCUGCUUGUUGGCGGCUAUGAUGAAAAGGGGCCUCAUAUAUAUCAAGUCACACCGUCUGCGACUUUUUAUAAUUGCAAAGCAAAUUCUAUUGGGUCCCGCUCACAAAGUGCACGUACAUAUUUAGAGAGGAAUCUAAACAUUUUUUUAAAUUGUUCGGAUGAUGAUAUAAUAUGCCAUGGAAUACUUGCGAUUCAUGGCUCCUUGCCCACAGACGAACUCAAAAAUGAGAAUGAGAAAUUGAAUAUCACAAUAGCCAUUGUCGGCAAAAAUCAGCCGUUUAAAAUACUUAACGAAAAAGAGACCGAUAUAUAUCGACAAAAGGCUAAGGAAAUGGCUAACAAGAAGAGUGCUAGCGUUGAGCAACAUAGGUCAGAUGAUGAAGAUGGAAGCACGUCGAACGCAGAUCAACCGGACUCUGGACCUAGAGACCCCGACGUAGCUGUCGCAACGGUGGAAUAGACUAAGAUAAUAUUUUGAUUUUUGAGAGCGUUUUUGUCUUUAUCAAAACAUUUAAUAAAUAUCGGUGAAUGAAUUAAAAAA